ACCAGUUGACAAGAAACACGCUCAGUAGCAGAACUGCUCAUUUACAGAAACAACUUUCUUCUCUCUCCGGGUUUGGCAAAGAACAUUGAAGCACAGGCUCAGGAGCAGGGAUGUAUUUGCUUUCGUUGUUGCUUCUCAGCCUCCUGGGCUCAGGGUACCUCCAGUCACAGAAUGCUGACAUAUGCCUGGCAAAACCUAAAGAUAUCCCUCUGACUCCCAUGUGUGUCUACCGGAAAACUCUGGAGGCUGUUGAAGCAGAGGAAAAGGAGAAAGAACCCGCACAACAAGAACAGAAGGUUCCAGAGUCGACUAACCCUCGUGUAUAUGAGCUCUCACAGGCCAAUGCUAAAUUUGCCAUUGCUUUCUAUAAAAAUCUGGCUGACUCCAAGCAAAACACAGAAAAUAUCUUUAUGUCACCCCUGAGCAUCUCUCAAGCCUUUACAAUGGCAAAACUGGGUGCUUGCAAUAACACACUGAAGGAACUUAUGGAGGUAUUCUACUUUGACACCAUUUCAGAGAGGGCUUCUGAUCAAAUACACUACUUCUUUGCAAAGCUCAACUGCCGGCUGUUCAGAAAAGCAAACAAAUCAUCAGAACUCGUAUCCGUCAACCGCCUCUUCGGCGAGAAGUCUCUUACCUUUAAUGAAACCUAUCAAGAUAUCAGUGAGUUGGUGUAUGGGGCUAAAUUGUUGCCCUUAAACUUUAAGGAGAAGCCUGAACUAUCCCGUGAAAUAAUUAAUAAUUGGGUAUCCGAUAAAACAGAGAAACGAAUAACUGAUGUGAUCCCUGUGGGUGUCAUCACCCCUGACACAGUAUUGGUGCUGAUAAAUGCCAUCUACUUUAAGGGACUAUGGAAAUCCAAGUUUAAUUCAGAAAAUACUAAAAUGGAACAAUUCUACCCAGAUGAAAGUAACCACUGCUUGGCUGCAACCAUGUAUCAAGAGGGCAUAUUCCGCUACAGUUCCUUUAAAGAUGAUGGAGUUCAGGUCCUUGAACUGCCUUAUAAAGGUGAUGACAUAACAAUGGUGCUGGUAUUACCUUCUCCAGAGACUCCACUAAUGAAAGUGGAGCAGAACCUGACACUGGAAAAACUAGGGAAUUGGCUCCAAAAGUCUCGAGAAUUACAGUUAUCUGUUUAUCUCCCUCGAUUCCGAGUGGAGGAUUCCUUCAGCGUCAAGGAGAAAUUGCAGCAAAUGGGAUUGGUAGACCUGUUUGAUCCCAACUCGGCAAAGCUUCCAGGAAUCGUUGCAGGAGGAAGGACAGACUUGUAUGUGUCAGAUGCAUUCCAUAAGGCAUUCCUAGAGGUCAACGAGGAAGGUAGCGAGGCAGCGGCAUCUACAGCUGUGAUUCUGACAGGACGUUCCUUGAACCUCAACCGAAUCACAUUCAGAGCCAAUAGACCCUUCCUGGUGUUUAUCAGAGAAGUUGCUAUAAAUUCUGUUUUAUUCAUGGGAAGAGUUGCUAAUCCCUGCACUGAGUAGCACCAUCUUUGGCAUAUAAACCUACAGUAGUCAAACACACUUCUUAAACUAUUUGUGUUUGUUUUUAAUUUGUUCCCAUCCUAUCUCCAUCUAAUACUGACUAUAACAAGUAUUUUUGUACACUUUCUGAUAAUGAUGAUUGUAGCUGCUUAUCUUGGGAGGUUGUAAUGCCUGUGCCAACCAUACACAUAAUGGUGUUAGCGUAGGCAGCACUGCAGAAAAAAAUAAACCUGACACAUAGCUUUGUGGAAU